AUGCGCUCUUCCGCUCUUAAAUUCUUAGAUUUCUCAGAAUUACAAGAUCAGGGAUGCUAUGAAAAAGAAAUCAACGUCACAACUUUGCACGACUCUUUAAAGUGGGUCAGAUUCGUCAUUAAUUUGUACCCCCAGCUUGAAGGAUCAAUGAAAGCUUUGAAUUUUCGUUCCCUUAUAAUUUUCUCAGCCUUUCUACGUGUCUUCUUAAUUGUCUAUGGAGAAUGGCAAGAUACUCAUAUGGAAGUUAGGUAUACAGAUGUUGAUUACCUUGUUUUCUCGGAUGCUGCUGCUUUAAUAGUUUCUGGAAAAUCCCCUUACAAAAGAUCCACAUAUCGUUACUCUCCUUUGAUCGCUUUUCUUCUCACACCAAAUUCCUUUAUUCAUCAAUCAUGGGGAAAGUUUCUCUUUUCUGCUUCAGAUUUACUUGUGGGCUACUUUAUACGUAAGAUUCUAAAGCUUCGUGGAGUGCCUGAAAAUUUAUGCAUUUACUCUGUAAUUGUUUGGCUUUUCAACCCUUUCACUUUCACAAUUGGAACACGUGGCAACUGUGAGCCCAUUGUUUGUGCCAUUAUCUUAUGGGUCAUUAUUUGUCUUAUGAAAGGUAAUCUUUUUCAAGGUGCAAUUUGGUAUGGGGUUGUUGUACACAUGAGAAUCUACCCGAUAAUUUACGCCCUUCCAAUUGUCAUAAUUCUUGAUCCUUCCCAUUUCAAGCCCAAUAAAAAGCCCAUUAUCACAAACUGGAAUUCAAAACACCACAAAACACAUCUCACUUCGGGCCCCACCAAAUCUUUCAAUCCCUUUUCAAGAUCAAGAAUCUUGUUUUCGCUGACGUCAGCAUCCGUAUUCUUCCUUUUCACGGGAAUAUUCUUUUAUUUAUACGAAUGGGAGUUCUUACACGAGGCCUUGUUGUACCAUUUAACACGAACGGAUCCUAGACAUAAUUUUUCCAUUUAUUUUUAUCAUAUUUAUUUGAAUUAUGAACGCCAGUUUUCGGUUUUGGAAAAACUCGUCUCCUUUUUGCCUCAGUUGAUGGUGCAGCUUCUUCUGGUGUUCCGCUUCGUGCAUGAUUUUUCCUUCUGUUUCUUUGUUCAGACUGUUGCGUUUGUUGCAUUUAAUAAGGUGAUAACAGCUCAGUAUUUUGUGUGGUUCUUCUGUCUGUUGCCAUUGAUACUGCCAUGGACAAAAAUGAAGCUCAAAUGGGAAGGUGUUUUCUGUGUAUCCUUUUGGAUUGGAGCUCAACUUCAUUGGCUGUUUUGGGGUUAUAUGCUUGAGUUCAAGGGCAAACAAGUCUUUUUACAGCUUUGGGCAGCAAGCUUAUUGUUCUUUGCUGCUAACACUUAUGUCAUGAUCACUAUCAUCCUCCGACACACGUAUUCUCCUGUUUUUAACCUCUCACAGAAAACCAUGUGAGUGAAGCAAACCUAAGAUUUAUCAUGGAAAGGGUAAAAUCGUCAUUUUUACUCGCAUGGUUUGCUAAUGAUUAGAACAAGAGAGAACAUGUUGUACUUGUAUUAUUGAUGAGCAUUCAAUAGUACACAUUGAGUUUGUUGAGAUUUAGGGGAUUUCAGUCGAAAUACUCCAAUCCAACUCCAUUUCCUAACACUAAAAAUGGAAAGUUUCACAUGUCAAUUUUAGUUCUACAAGUUUGAUGUUUAUACUUUAUAUACAUUGCUAGUUUAUUUUCUGUUAUUCG